CCCCUCCCCCUCCAACAUGUUUUUCGUCCCCUUCAGUUCUCCGCUGCCUGCGACGCCAUAUUGUCGAGAAACACCCUUUCCCUAAAACGUCUGAAACACGAUCUCUGCCAGGAUGUUGUACCUAGAGGACUACCUCGAGAUGAUCGAGCAGCUACCCAUGGAUCUCCGCGACAGGUUUACGGAAAUGAGAGAGAUGGACCUGCAAGUGCAGAAUGCUAUGGAUCAACUAGAGCAGCGGGUUAAUGAGUUCUUUACUAAUGCAAAGAAGAACAAACCAGAAUGGAGAGAAGAACAGAUGGAAAUCAUUAAAAAGGACUACUAUAAAGCUUUAGAAGAUGCAGAUGAAAAAGUCCAGUUAGCCAAUCAAAUCUAUGACCUGGUCGAUCGACAUUUGAGGAAGCUGGAUCAGGAGUUGGCAAAGUUCAAAAUGGAGCUGGAGGCAGAUAAUGCUGGCAUCACAGAGAUCCUGGAGAGACGUUCGCUGGAGAUGGAUAGCCCCUCCCAACCUGUCAAUAACCACCACGUCCACUCACACACCACUGUUGAGAAGAGGAAGUACAGCACACCAGUCCACCACACUACUGAACAUGUACCAGAGAAGAAGUUUAAAUCAGAGGCCUUGCUGUCCACGCUCACGUCAGACGCCUCUAAAGAAAACACACCAGGCUGCAGAGUAAACAGCACGUCCUCCACUAACAACGUUUAUAGCGUCAACUCCUCCCAGUCGCUUUCCUCGUACAAUCUCAGCCCACUUCCUGCCGGGCCCGCCACAGGGGCGGGUGCCAUUACCAAUGCUGCAGCCCAGGCAGUGCUUGCCACCGCACAGAUGAAAGAGGGCAGGAGGACGUCCAGUAUGAAGGCCACUUACGAGGCUGUUAAAAACAAUGACUUCUUGAGUCGUGACUUUGCUCUGAGUCGUGACUCCAGCGGUUAUACGUCUUCUGCGCUGGCCAACACGCUUACACAACCACUCACAUCCAGCAACAACUCAGACUCCCGCGCAGGACGCAAGACCAAAGGGAACACAAAGUCUUCCAACCAUCAGUCCUCUUCAUCCUCCUCUUCCUCUUCUCUGUCAUCCUGCUCCUCAUCUUCAGCGCUGGCUCAUGAGCUCGUACAGACCACAGUCACAGAGACCGACACCAACAGUCAGGUGGACUGGACAUAUGACCCCAAUGAACCUCGAUACUGCAUCUGCAACCAGGUGUCGUACGGCGAGAUGGUCGGUUGUGAUAACCAAGAUUGUCCGAUCGAAUGGUUUCACUACGGCUGCGUGGGUUUGACCGAGGCGCCUAAAGGAAAGUGGUACUGUCCGCAGUGCACAGCGGCCAUGAAGAGGAGAGGAAGCAGACAUAAAUAAAUCCUGAAACGAUCGAUGACACCACCUGGGCCAGCCUCCGAAAACGACCGCCCCCCUUCACUAGAGACUCACCUGCAAAAACUCUCCAAGAUGCGGAGAGGUUCACCGAGUGUCCGUCUUACGUUGCCAUGCAAUCAGACUGUGUGUGUGCGUGCGUGUGUGUGUGUGUGUGUCACCCUAGGAUGGGAGUUUUAGCUGGUGAAUGUGUAAUUCCCAAGCACACACUGCCCUCCAAAUUAUUUUUAUGUUUUAUGUCUCCAUUUAUCAUUAUGGAGGGGUGCAAGGUGUUUUGGGGAGGCCUGUGUAUUUUAACAUUCAAGACAUUCCUUGACUCGCCAUGCACGAUGAUUCUUCGUGUUUGGCGGCCCCUGGCAGAGAAAAGUUUGGAUUGACGUGACGCCGACUGGGAAUUGUAGUCCAGAGCUGUGUGAUAGACUACAAACAUCAGACAUGUUCAGUUGGAGCUGGAAAAAAAUGAAUCCUGAUAUAAACAGAUGAUGAUGAUUGGUUAACAGUGAUAUAUUCACAGGAUUUGUGGGUAACGGAUAAAUGAUGUAUUCUGCUCCGCUUAAUUUGGCGAGGAGAUCUUAAUGUGUACCAUAGACGAAAUGAACAACGAUGACUUGUGUGUAUGUUUGUGUGUGUCUAGCCUGUACUGCACUGAUUUGGUGAUACAACAUUUUGAGAGAUGGAAAAGAAAACAAUAAAACGAUCAAUGACUUUUGGUA